AUUGCGCUCCAUACAACGUGUUGUGCAAACAACCCGUGCCUCCAUGUGGCACCACGUAUACACGGGCAGUACCGCGACCACACCGCGAGGUUCCGGCACCAUUACCAACCGCCCGGCGGGCACGAGAAAAAGCAGCUGUUUGUGUAAAGCCGCGAAACGCAUCUUGCGCGCGCGACACACUCCCCGUCAUCCGCGGAACCGCGAACGGUUUAGUGGCGAUUGUAACGCCGAACCAGUAGCUUGUGCCGGCACGAGCAGUGACAGAAACGGUUCCGAACGAAAGGAAAACGAGGCUCGACACAACCCCGCGAAAGGUUAAUCUUUUUUGUUCCAACGCUCAAGAUGGCCACCGGUAGAAGUACCCUGGCCGAAAGCCUGCGGGAGCUGUACCAGUUCAGCGUGGUCGACUACUGUAUGUUCGGCUUAAUGCUACUCCUUUCGGCGGCCUGUGGCAUUUACUUUGGCUUCUUCAAAAGGUCCACCGGUUCCGGCGACACCGGUACGCCGGAGAGCAGCAGUAGCGAUGAUGAGUCGCCGGGCCCUCGGCGAUCUUCUGGGGCCCCCGCCGGAAAGAAGGCGACCACGUUCGGGUCGUCGACAAUGGACGAGUAUCUGCUUGGCUCGCGGAAGCUAAAGGCGUUCCCGGUGGCGAUGAGUCUCGUCGCGGGCUACAUUUCCGGCGUCACCAUCCUCGGUACACCGUCGGAGAUCUAUAACUUUGGCACACAGUACUGGCUGAUCGUGGUGCCGAUCCUGCUGAUGGGCUACGCCGUAUGCACCGUCUAUCUGCCGGUGUUUUGCUCGCUCAAGUUGAACUCUUCGUACGAGUAUCUGGAAUUGCGGUUCAAUACGCAUGUCCGCUCGAUCGCCUCCGUCAUGUUCGUUAUCGAUGAGUUACUUUUCCUCCCGAUGAUCAUCUACGUGCCAGCGUUGGCCUUCAACCAAGUAACUGGAUUCAACCUUUACGUGAUCGGUGCGAUCGUGUGCGUCGUUUGCAUAUUCUACACCCUGCUGGGUGGCAUUAAGGCGGUCGUGUUUACCGAUGCGUGGCAGGUGGUGGUAAUGUUCAUCUCGGUCGUUGUCGUCGUGAUCAUCGGUACGAUCGCGAUCGGAGGACCGGAUGUCAUCUGGGAUCGUUCGGUAGAGGGUGGACGUAUUGACUUUUUCAAUAUGAAUCCCUCAAUGUAUGAACGACAAACCUUCUGGGCUGUGCUGAUUGGAGGGUUUUUCUAUUGGACCUCGUUCAAUUCCGUCAACCAGACGAUGGUGCAGCGCUACAUGUCGCUACCGAAUCUGAAGAAAGCGAGGCUCUCUAUCGCGAUGUUCACCGUUGGAAUGGGUGUGUUUGUUUCGGUUUGCUGCUACGCCGGGCUGCUGCUGUACGGUAAAUACUACGAGUGUGAUCCGGCCACGAUCGGGCUGGUUACGACGGACGAUCAACUGUUUCCGCACUACGUGAUGGAGGCGGUCGGGAAGCUGAAGGGAAUACCGGGACUGUUCAUUGCCGGUGUGUUCGGGGCCGCGCUGAGCUCACUGUCAGUCGUGUUGAACUCCACCUCAGCUGUUCUGCUUGAGGAUAUCCUGAAAGGUCUGUUUCGGGUGAAUCCAACCCCGUUCGUGGCGAAUAUUUUUGUCCGUGGAAGUGUUAUUGUACUGGGGUUGGCCGCGAUGGGCUGUCUGUUUAUCAUCGAGAGGUUGGGCGGUAUUCUGAGCGUAGCCUCUUCGCUGUCCGCCAUUGCUGCCGGUACGACAUGCGGAAUCUUCACACUGGGAAUGUUGAUCCCUUGGAGUAACACAAAGGGAGCCCUGUUUGGAGGCGUUUCGGGAGCGCUUCUGUCCGGAUGGGUUUCGCUAGGAAGUCAGUUUGCCGGAGCGUCCGGUGAGCUUGUGCCACACAAGUUGCCCGUCUCGGUCGACGGUUGCAUCGAAGAUCUGCUUACGAACGUCACUAUGGUGCGUCCUGCCUACCCGGAUGAGUCCGGUGUGUUUCCUCUCUACCGGCUGUCGUACCACUGGAUCACCCCGAUCGGUGUGCUGACGGUGCUGAUCGUUGGUACGAUCGUUUCGUUCAUAACGGGCCCGCGUGAUCUCCGGUACAUCGAUCCUGAGUUGAUUUCGCCUGUCAUCCAUCGGUUUCUACCACAAGAAUCGUUUGGUCACUACGGUACCGCCAGCAAGACCACAGGCGUAGUGGUUUUUGCCGAAGAAAUGAAACCACAGACCAGCAUGCCUGCAGUCACUGGUGACAGCUUGCCUUACGGUACGACAACGGAUCAAAACUUACAAGCGACGAAAUCUCGAUGAUAAACCAAGUACUCUUCUUCGGGCCAGAACUUGCCAGAGUUCGUGCAAUCAACACAAUCGAUAGCCUCCAACGGAGUGCACUCCUUCCUGGGGGAUUCCAUCCGGAAACCGUACUGAAAUGAUACUACUUCCCGGAUGUGUCCUCCGCAAGAAUGAAUCUGACCAAUCUUCGAUGACUGUUGCACCGAAGGUGAGACGGGCAGAAUGUAGAGCAAAACAAACCAAGAAUGGAUGGCAGCAAUGGUGCCAAUGGAGUGUGUCCAUUUUAAGGUGUGUUUCCUUUUUUUUACCAAGACUGUGUACAAAUAAGAUCAGUUGUUUACCUAUGCCAGGAAGCGGAGUGGUUUGAGUGCGUUUUUUGUAUCACUAGCAGUGUAAGACACUUUAUUAUACACGAUUUAGAUAUUGUUUUCGGUACCAAUCUACCUACAGGCACGAGUUUUGGAUUUUUAAUGUGACAAAUUUGUAUACUUAAUCUAUACAUCGAUCAGAUCCCCAGCUUCCUACCCCAUACAACGUUACACAAUCUGUGAUAGACUAUGGUGCAAAACGCAACGGAGUAUCGUACGAUCGGUUUUUGUUGUUCGAAUCAAGACUAGUUAGGUUUUCCGUUGCGGAUUGGUUAAAGUUUGAUGUUACGCGUUGCGAAAGACGAUCAAGUGUUAACGAAGGGGUUGGCACUGUUCUUACCGGAAUUUAGCCAUUUAAAGAGCGUAGGAAUAUUAUUGAAUAGGUUUAAACUGUUUGUGUAUCAGAUAUCAAUAAAGAUGAAAUCGAUUUACGAU